AUGGUAUUCCGAUCAAUCACCACCACUGCCUUGUCCAAAUUUAAAAAAUGUAGGAUCUAUGCUGAUUGUCUUCGUAUGUACUCUGGUGUUUCUUCUUCUAUUCGUCCUGACGAGGAUCUUCGUCCUCAUAUACUGCCGCCGCCUUCUCUUAUGCGGCCGCCGUUUGUUGAUUGUGAGCGUAGCACUCCACCGGAAGAGCUUGGUACGAAUUUGAUGCAGGAUAGCAAAAGCCUUAAUCCCAUGUUUAUGUUGGUGCAGCAUUUACGUGGCGGAUCCUGCAACUACUCUGCACUCUCUAUGCAAAACAACUCCUUCAAACCCCUACAAUCAGGUGACAAUCAUCUAAUUCCCAACUUCUCCCGACUAACUAAAUGUGAAUCCACUGAUGUUGUAGCAACCUUCUACUCAUGGUGGUUGUUUUGGGCACAACUGAAAGAGCCCGAACUCGUCACCUAUCAUCUGUGGAACCCUUCGACCGACGAGUUCAAAACCCUUGCUCCAUUUGAGAUCGAACCCCGCCUGCCUAACUUUCAUAACUGGGAUCAUAUGCUUUGGGGUGUCGGGUUUGAUUCUGCAUCUCAGGACCAUAAGGUCAUCAGGGGUACAAGGAUUGAUUACUACGACACUAAUGAGCACAAUGAAGAUGAUCCCUAUUUUAAUCCCACUACGGACUGGUCGGAGUUUGAGGCUGAGGUGUUGUCCCUCAAAACCGGCGUGUGA